GCCUGGUGAGUCAAUGGCAGGGACUGGCUUCCAUGCAGGGACUCACAUGCUGAUGGAGAGAGAGUUAGGUCUCAUGUGAGGUCUGAUAACAUGUGCAAUUACUUGUCAUAUCCGAAUAGAAUCUUCCAUAAUUUUCAAGUUCUAAGAACAGCUCGCAGUCCUCCACAGUCCCUUCUUUGGACAGUACUACUUCUCGUUUCUUGCACUUUCCCCUUCUCCAAAUCCAUGCUCGCUAAUUAAUCACCGUGAGUUUGAGCUAGCUAGCAGCGAAUGCAAUGAUCUGAAGUUUGAAUGGAGACUAAAGUUUACUUCUUUAUCGUACUCUCAGAUCCCAAGCUCCAAAUGACAGAAAGCUGAAUGGAUAUGCAUGAAAUAUAUAUGUUGUUUUCUUAAUCCAUCAACAGCUAGCAAGAAUUCUCUACAGAAAAUUCUUUUAUAUAUAAUCAUCAGAGAGAGAGAGAGAGAGAGAGAGUCAAAGAGGGUUGUUGUAUGUUCAUGGCUUUUUUGGUGGAGAGGAGAGGAAGGGACAUGGUGCAGACUUGCAUGGAUUCUCCGAGAUCAGUAGUCCCUGCACCAUUUCUGACUAAGACUUAUCAGCUGGUUGAUGAUCCUCGCACCGAUCACAUUGUGUCUUGGGGAGGCGACGCCACCACCUUCGUCGUAUGGAGGCCGUCGGAGUUUGCAAUGGACGUCCUGCCCAAGUUCUUCAAGCACAACAACUUCUCCAGCUUUGUCAGACAACUCAAUACCUACGGUUUUAGGAAGAUUGCAGCGGACAGGUGGGAGUUCGCGAAUGAGUAUUUCAGGAGAGGAGGGAAGCAUCUGCUCUCGGAGAUACACAGGAGGAAGACAUCUCAGGUGGCGUCUCAGAUCUUCCAUUACCAGCCGUUUUACUCUGACGAAGCGAGUUUGUCCUGGGCGGCGGAGCCUGCUUUUCCGGUCCCCGGCGAAACAGAGUUCCUGACGGCGCUCUCUGAGGACAACCAGAGACUGAGGAGGAAGAACUCCAUGCUGCUGUCGGAACUGACGCACAUGAAGAAGCUCUACGACGACAUUGUGCUUUUCAUACAAAACCAUGUCAGCCACGAACAGAGGCAUGUUCAGCGCCCAAUUAGGAACAGAUCGCCGGAACGAACAGAGGCGGCGCCACUCGGCGACGAUCCAGGGAGCAGCUUUAAGCUCUUCGGCUUCACACUCCAUGGCAAGAAGAGGGUGCAUUGCGAGGCACAGGGACAUGGGAAGGUUUAAUUAGUGCAAGAUCACGAUCGAGCAGUGCUAGCUAUGUUAAUUUUCUCUGUUUAAUUAAUUAAUUAAUUAGCUUGGACUGGACUCUGGAGCAUGAUCAGAUCAGGAAAUUCUUAAGAAUUAAGGGCGUUUUUUGGUUUGUUUG